GUGGUUUAGGAAGUUUAAAGCUGGUUCCCCGAACAACUGAAGAAUACACCCUACUUUUGGGGGGAGGGGCUAGGGUUCUGCCCCUGCUGCAUUCUGAUACUCUAAUUUUUAAACCAGGCUCAGCUUUCUAGCACUUUACCAACAAUCUUCAUUCCAUUUUUUUUUCUAUCAUUACCAAUAUAUGCCUGACGUUAGAGGUUUUGAUUUUAACCUGACUUUAGCCUUUAAAUUUGAGAAAUCGGGAAUAAAUUCACAAUCAGAAUACAGAACGCCUAAUACUGUGCCAAGAAGGAGACCAUGGUCAAGAAAGUUGCAAUAAUUGGAGCUGGUGUGAGUGGCCUGACCUCCAUCAAAGGUUGUUUGGAAGAGGGCCUGGAGCCUACAUGCUUUGAGAGAAGUGAUGACAUUGGGGGAUUAUGGAAGUAUACUGAAACUACUGGACAUGGAAUGACCAAAGUCUACAAAUCUGUAGUGACCAAUAUCACCAAGGAGAUGUCAUGUUACAGUGACUUCCCCUUCCCAGAAGAUUUUCCCAACUACAUGAAGCACACUAUGAUAAUGGAGUAUCUUCUUGCCUAUGCUAAACACUUUGACCUUCUCAGAUACAUUCAUUUAAAGACCACUGUGAGAAGUGUUACAAAGCGCCAAGACUUUGCUACCACUGGCCAGUGGGAUGUGGUGACAGAGACAGAAGGGAAGCAAAACACUGCUGUCUUUGAUGCAGUAAUGAUCUGCACAGGGCAUUACCUGAAUCCCCGCUUGCCUUUGGAGUCUUUUCCUGGAAUCAACAAGUUUCGAGGACAGAUCCUGCACAGUCAGGAAUACAGGAGUCCAGAAGGUUUUCAGGGUAAACGGGUCAUUGUGAUUGGGCUUGGGAAUACUGGAGGUGAUAUUGCAGUGGAACUCAGUCGUGUGGCAGAAAAAGUCUUUCUCAGUACUAGAAGUGGUGCCUGGGUCGAUAGCCGUCUUUCUGAUGAUGGCUACCCCACUCAUAUGAUUCAAACAACAAGAUUUCUUCAUCUGGUUGCACAUUCCCUACCUUCAGCCAUCGUGAACCGGAUGAGGAAGAAGCGCAUGAGUAAAUGGUUUAACCAUAAGAAUUAUGGAUUGAGUAAUCCAAAGGGGCCACAACAAAAGAGAGUUGCAAAUGAUGAAUUGCCCAGCUAUAUCCUAUGUGGCACUGUCACUAUGAAAAUCAAUGUGAAGGAGUUUACAGAGACAUCAGCCAUAUUUGAAGAUGGGACAGUGGUGGAGAACAUCGAUGUCGUGUUCUUUGCUACAGGAUACACCUACUCUCUUCCCUUCCUUGAAAAAUCGAUGGAAAAAUUCUGUAGGAACAAGAUCUUUACAUACAAAUUUAUCUUCCCCUCAAACCUGGAGAAGGCCACUCUGGCUCUCAUUGGACAUGUCGGUUUACAAGGGUCAAUUAUAGUAGGCACGGAACUCCAGGCUCGCUGGGCCACAAGAGUAUUCAAAGGACUGUGUAAAAUUCCUCCAUCAAACAAAAUGAUGGCUGAGGCUACCAAGAAGGAACAGCUCAUAAAAAGGGGUGUUAUUAAGGAUCCCACCCAGGGGAAACAGGACUAUAUUACCUAUCUGGAUGAACUCGCUUCAUGCAUAGGAGUCAAGCCCAACAUCUUGCUCCUAUUCUUUAAGGAUCCCAGGCUCGCAAAGGAAGUUUUCUUUGGUCCGUGCACAUCUUACCAGUACCGUCUGAUUGGCCCUGGGAAGUGGGAUGGAGCCAGAAAGGCUAUCAUGACUCAGUGGGACCGGACACUCAAGCCCUUACAAACUCGAGUCAUUCCUGAUUAUUCUGAGCCUACCUCAAUAUUAUAUUGGCUGAAGGUCUGGGGGGCACCCGUUCUGUUUGUUGCUCUUCUGCUUACUUAUAAAUCCUCAUUUCAUCUGCAAUUAACUAGAGUCACAGAAAUGGGGGAGAGAAUUUCCACUUACCUAGCUAGCACUAUGAGAAAAUGAAUGUGAUUAGAUCAGCUAGACUACCAGACUAAUAUGAAAUGGUGUUGCACAGGCUACCAUUCCUCCCCCAACUCAUCUGUUAGAUAAAUUAAUUCAAGUCAGUUAUAAUUAUUAAGUACUCGGCUAAGGGCCAGGCACUGUGCUAAGCCCUAGAGAUAUACAAAGAAAGGCCAAAAAAAAGUCACUAUUUUCAAGGAGCUCACAGCCAAAUGGGGGUGACAAUGUGCAAACAAUUAUGUACGAACAAGAUAUAGACAGGAUAAAUUGGAGAUCAUUUUAGAUAGAAGAAACUAGCAUUAAUGGGGGAUCAUAAAAGUCUUUUGUAGGAGGCAAGAUUUAAGAAGCUAGAGAUGAAAAAAGAAAGAGUUCCAGGCAUGGGGUAUGGCCAAUAAAAAAUGCAGAGUUUGGACAUAGAGCAUUGCGUAGAAAAAGCAGCAAGGAGGUCAGAGACACAGAAUCAGAAUGUGUGGAGAAGAGGAAAAUAUAAGAAGACUGGAAAACUUAGGAAGGGGUCAGGUUAGAAAGAGCCUUAAGAUACAAAUAAAGGAUCUUACCUUUCAUGUUAGAGAUAAUAGGGAGCCACUGGAAGUAACAGAAUGGAGAAGAUUGACAUGAUCAGAUCUAAGCAUAAGAUGAAUUUAGCAGUUGAGUGAAGGGAAAAUGGACUGUAUGUAGUGGGAGAGAGACUUGAAGCAGGGAGGACAAGUAGAAGGCUAUUAUGAUAGCCCAGGUAUGAGAGGAUGAGGGCCUAUGCUAGGGUGGCAGCAGCGUCAGGAAAGGAGAGGGCAUAUACAGGAGAUGGUCUAUAAAGGUAGAAUCAGCACGAUUUGGGAGUAAGAGAAAGUGAGGCAUCAAGGAUGAUCUAUAGGUUGGAAGCCUAGAUAACUGGGAAGAUGUUAAAAAUCCUUAACAAUAAUAGGAAUGUCAGGGUUUGAGGAAAAGAUAACGAGUUUGAUUUUGAACAUGUUGAGUUUUAGAUUUCAAUGGGACAUCCAGUUUCUGACACUUAUUUGUCUCAUCAUCACUUCAGCACUAUAUGAACAGCCAGUUGACACCUGCUUCUGGUGGAUUAGUAUCCACUGACUAAAAAUCUAGAGGGUCUAAGAAUAUUUCCUCCCAUUGAGCCUGGGGAACACCUGACAGCUUUAAAGGAAAAAAAAGACUGUCUUGGACUUUUCCCUCUUGGCCAGACUAUAAAAAGAUGCAUUUUCCUCACACAGCUUCACUGUCUAGACCUCAUUUUAAUUUUCACCAGAUCAUGCCCAAGGGCCACACCUACCUACUAUUGUAGAUACCUACACCUUUUGUAUAUCUUUCAUUUUACAUUAUCUACAUUUCUUUGUUUUGUUUGUUGGGUUUUUUUGUGGAGCAAUGAGGGUUAAGUGACUUGCCCAGGGUCACAUAGCUAGUAAGUGACAAGUGUCUAA